GAAAAAACCUCUCGUGUGCUAUGCCAAGAUAAUUGAAUUCGUCACAUUUUUCUAAUGAAAAAGCAAAAAUUCUUAACCAAAUAAAGUCAAAUUUUUAAAAGACAAUUUUGGUGAACAAAUUCAUUUUACAUAUUCCGAAUAUUUAAUAUAUCUUUUAAAAAUCGAAUAAAGUUGUGAAGGAAAAGUUUUUCCCCAGAAAUAUGGCGGACGAUUGGGAAAAUGCUGCCGAGUCUAAUAUCGUUAUAAAGCCUGCCGUGCCAAGUAAUGUUAAUAAAUGGGCUGGCGAAGAUGAAGCUGAUGAUGUUAAAGAUAGUUGGGAAGAUGAGGAAGAGAAAAAAGACGAAGAAAAGGUUGAAAAAAGAAAUACAACUACGAAAACGCCGAUAAAGCCAGCUACAUUACUGCUGCUGCAGGAAGAUGCUGAAGAAAAAAGGUUAGCUAAUAUGACACCUGAAGAAAAAGUUGCUGAAAAAUUGCGUCUUCAAAAACUUCAAGAGGAAAAAGAUCUUCAAACUGCUUUGGAAACACUUGGUAUAUUACCGGGGGCCGAGGUGUUAGAUGCUUUCAAUCCGCAAACAAAAGAAGAUUUUAAGGAAUUUGGUACGACGCUGAGCUGGAAAAUUUCCGAAUAUAAGGACUCACCUCAUUUUCCUCAAUUCGCUGAAGAUUUAGUGCGGAAUAUUUGUCUAAAUCUUGCGCCUGCCGAAUUAAGAAAGAUUAAAAUUUUUGUUGAUAGUCUACAUUCGGAAAAGCUUAAAUUGGAAAAACAAAAUACGAAAAAAUCUUCCAGUAAAGGCAAAAAUAAAGCAACGAUAAGAGCGGACACUGAUGAUAUUGAUGAUUAUAAAAAAUACGGCAAUGACUAUGACGAUUUCGAUGAUGACUUUAUGUAAAUAAUAUAACCUGCACUAGGUACAUUUGUUGUGCUGUUUUCUCUGCUCGUUGUCUCUCCGUGAUGCUGCAAUAAUUGGGCUCAUUUUUUACUCAAUAGCACACGAAUUAAAAGUUGAAAGCCUAAUUUUUGUUAAAUAUGAGUGUCAUCUACUUACGUAAAAGCUUGCGUGUUUUAUAAUUAAUAAUACCACAACACAUAACUGCAACAAAAAGAUAUGUAAAUUCGAGUCUAAAUACAGUAACAAUAAUACAAUUUAUUUUCAGGUUAGUUAUUUA